AUGACUAUGAUGACUGUUGAUCUGGUCUUCGUUGACAGAAAGCAGGUAAGCCAACUGCAGACAACUACAGUUUACUUGUGCUCAACAGUCGACUGCUUAGCUACCAUGCACUUGGUAAUGGACUCAACAAAAGUAAUACGAAACACCCCAUGUCAUAGUUUCCAUAUUCUCUUAAUAGUUUGCAACUCUGUUAUACCAGUAUCGCAAUUGUUUCACUAA